AUGUCUCGUCCGAGAGUCUUCUUUGAUAUAACCAUUGGUGGGCAACCGGCUGGGCGAAUUGUGAUGGAGCUGUUCAGCGAUGUUGUCCCUAAGACGGUUGAGAAUUUCCGUGCAUUAUGCACUGGCGAAAAGGGCAUGGGUAAAAGCGGAAAACCACUGCAUUACAAGGGCUCCAAGUUCCAUCGCGUAAUUCCGAACUUCAUGUGUCAGGGCGGGGAUUUCACUCGUGGUAAUGGAACAGGCGGGGAAUCAAUAUAUGGCGAAAAGUUUGCUGACGAAAACUUCAUUGAGAAGCACACAGGUCCAGGUGUUUUGUCCAUGGUUGGUAUAUCAUUUAGUUACAUUGGUUGGAUGGCAAACGCUGGUCCAAAUACAAAUGGUUCGCAGUUCUUUCUUUGCACUGUUAAGACCGAGUGGUUAGAUAAUAAACACGUUGUUUUCGGCAGAGUGGCUGAGGGUAUGAACGUAGUCAAAGCAAUUGAAGCUGUGGGCUCACAGAGUGGAAAAACCUCGAAGGAUGUUGUGAUUGCCGAUUGCGGACAACUCUGA